GUUCUAACCAUCACACUCAUUGCUGCACUUCUCGCGACUCCACCCCUUUUCAGGUGGCAAUUAACCCGAAUUGGCAUCAUGAAUGCCUUUCGUUGCUUAAGGGUUGUGGCGCGACCGUCCGCGAGUGCAAGGACACUCGUUAGACCAUCAGUUGGACGGAUAGCAUCACCGCAAUGUUCAUCGCUUCCCCCUCCAAUGCGGUCAAUAUCUCUCCUAGCCCCACGACGACCCGUCUUGCCAGUCUCGUCCACGCCAUCUGCCCUGCCUACCCCGGGCUCAGCGACCGCGCCCGCAAUCCCCUCAGCGGAUGCGCUUGACCUCGUCUCCAAGAUAUCGUCACAUCCAGCUUUGGGCUCGAUCCAGAUCAGAUGCGGUCCGCGCGACACGUAUAACCCAAGUCAUCUUGUACGGAAGAGGAGGCAUGGUUUCUUGAGCAGGAUAAGGACGAAGAAGGGGAGGAAGCUCAUCAUGAGGAGGUUGAAGAAGGGCAGGUGGAAUCUGAGCCAUUAAGCAUUGGGUUACGUGAAGGUGGUCGGCGCGAGGAUGUCCGAAGAGGGAGCGACUGUGCAUACGCGGUGGCGGAUACAAUGGGUUUGGAGAGACUAAGUCAGUAGAUUGGGAUAUGGUUGGCCGCACGGCAUGGACUCUGCAGCGUUUGUCAUCCAGAGGAGAGUUCCGCAUGUUGGAUGGUUAAAGAUGAGUUGUAGGGCUACCGCUGUAAGACAUAUGUAUCUCUAUUGUACCGUCAAAGCAUACAAUGAUCGAAUCUCCCUGUAUAAUC